AUGCACCUGAAGCUGUGCAUCCCCAUGGAGCGUGUCAGUGCUGAUUUGGUGGACUUGCACAGCUCUUCGAGUGGGAAUCGCUAUGUCCUGGUAAUGGUAGAUCAGUUGACAAGUGUAUGUGAGGACCUGACCGUUCAAACUCACGUUACAACCGCUUUCCAUCCACAGGCAAACGGUCUUGUAGAAAGAACGAAUCGGGUUGUAAAAGAUGCUCUUGCAACAUUGGUAGAAGACCAACCCCUAGACUGGAUCGGUACAUACCCCAGGGCUAUCGGAGAUCAGCCCCUUUACUUGCUGACAGGCCAGCCAGGCCAUUUCCCGGUUGGUUUGAGCAACCAUGUUACAGCAGGAGAAGAUGCUCAUUGCAAGCUACGUGAGGCCUUGGAUGUUGCGAGGAAAGCAGCGCAGGAAGCAUCCCGUAAGGCUCGUCAGGAAUACGCAGCAUAUCACAACCGUAACCUGAGGCCGCCCUGGUCCUUAGAAGCUGGGUCCCUGGUCCUCUACAAGAUAAAGACUACGCAAACAGGACCUGAUCGUGCUUUAGGGCCCCGGUGGCAAGCCCUGCGAAGGUCGUGA